AUGACUGCUCGCAUGAAUGCUGCUGCUCCUCUGGCUGAACACCUCCACUCAACUUCGCUGGAGGAGUUCAUGGGUCAGCCACAUCUGACUGGUCUUGACUCGUUGUUACUGCGCCUGCUGGAUAGUGGCUCGACAGGAAGUAUCAUCUUCUGGGGCCUUUCAAUCAUUACGGUCUCAGGAUCAAUAGGGUGUGAGAAUGUUCCGUGGCACCCCCCUGAUAUGGCUGUUUUGGUAAUGGAUGGAGAGAACAGGAAUUUACGGCAGUCGAUGGCUACACCGACAUCGGCUUUUUUAUCUCACUCUAUAGAUCUUCCUCUGCUCGAUAGACCCAAUCAUGGCUUCGAGCAACCCAAUCGCUAUCAUUUUGGCGUUACCGAGCCAAAUGACACUUCCUCACCUAUAAAUAUCUCUUCAAAUCUGACCAUGCCUGAUCUCACGACAUUCCCUCAACCGAGCAUGGAUGGUGUAUCAUGCUCGAAUAGUCUUCCUCCGUGCAGUUCGCAUCACAUGUUCGGUGAUAUUCAUGCCACAGGACACGAUAACCCUAUUUCUAUGGACAUCGAUAUGGAUUCGACCGAGCCAGACCCAGGUGAUCCUGUAGACCAAGUUCUCGCCCAUCUUGAAGAACGACUUUCUGAGAAACACUCAUCUGCAGUGGAGCACAGUCGUUUGGUUUUCGAGCUUCCUCCCGAUUCAUUUUCAAUACCCCUAGCUUUGCAACGUCUGCAGACAGACGAGGUCGAGAUCAAUCAGGGGCAGUUCGCUCUGACUUACCAUGAUCUGGAAAUCUCGGCUCUGAUUGUUCAUGAAGAAUGGCUUCUCAGCAUCUACCUUUGA